UUGUUUGGUGACUCGUUUUUAUGCUUAAUUCAAUUGAGGAGCAAUAUGAAUUGAAAGGAUAUUGUUUUUAUGGUAGGUAUGAAGUUAUAACAUUUGUUCAUCUUUAAAUAAAAGAGCUUCACUUGAACUUGUUCUGAGAGUCAAACGUGGAUAUUUCAACAUGCGUCCCCUUCGAAGUAUUUCUCGGUUUGGAGCAUCUUCUAUAAACACCCAGAGCUUAUGUCGAAGUAUGAUAUUAUCAUCACAACUUUUGAAGCUUCCCUAUUCUCGAAAUCACUCAAAUAUUUCUUCCAAGGUAAGUUUAUUACCGGACCAUUCUCAAUCACGUGGAUAUAUCACUGAUUAAUUGCAAUGGUAGACAGAUGAUCGGGCAAGGUUGUCUAAAUAUUGGAUACCUACGGGUGGUAUAGCUGCAAGUGUAGAUGAAGGUGAGAUGCACAGAGAGGUUCCUCAAAUCUCAAAAGACUGAUUCGUAACAGACUCUCAUGCAAAACUCAUCCGAGGGGGUUUCUUACGUCAGGUUCGUUUUGGUAACUUCUACUUUACGAAACAAGUUCUGACACAUUUCAUGGCUAGGCCCAUACGGGUAUCUUCCAUAUGUUACCACUAGGCAGGAGAGUUCAAGAUAAAUUAGAAGCCCUCAUUGAUAAACAUAUGUCAACCUUAGGUUAGCAUUCCCUGACUUCUUUUUGACCAUGGCUGCUAAUAUUACCUGGAAGGUGCAUCAAAACUUGCUCUGUCUUCACUCUCAUCUGAAGAACUUUGGGCUAAAAGUGGCCGUCUGGAUGCCAGUUCUGAGGUAUCUAUCUACACAUCAAAAUAUCCUGUUAUCAUAUUUUUAACACUCAUCAUUAGCUAUUCAGACUGAAAGAUCGCAAAGAGGCAGGAUACCUUCUUGCACCAACACACGAGGAAGAAAUUACGGAAUUAGUUUCGAACUCGGUCCAAUCAUACAGAGAACUUCCUGUUCGUUUAUACCAAAUCAGUUUGUUCAAACCUGCCACCUUUUCUACUAUUUUCUCAUCCCUCUUUAGCUCGAAAGUAUCGUGAUGAGUUACGACCAAGGCAAGGCCUUCUUCGUUCCCGAGAAUUUGUCAUGAAAGAUCUCUACACAUUUGACUAUAAUAGUUCUUCCGCACUUUCAACCUAUGAAGAUGUUCGCAAAGCAUAUCAAAACCUGUUCAAUGAACUAAAAAUCCCGUACCUUGUCGCUGAAGCCGAUUCUGGUGACAUAGGUGGCGACCUCAGUCACGAAUUCCACUUUCCAACCAAGAUUGGGGAAGAUAAUAUCAUUAAUUGCACCGAAUGCAAAUACGUGGCAAAUGAAGAGUUGGCGGAAACUGGAAAAUUGAAAGUGGAUGAGAUUGAUGAUUUUGACGUCCAUAUUCAAAACACGAGUGUGGUUGCGGGAUUUUCUCGCGACGGAUCCACCUUAAUAGCCACUUGGUUUUAUUCCAAAAAUGGAGAGGGAUAUGAGCUGAAUAUACGUUCAAUCAAGAGCGUUAUACCGGAAUAUGAUCCUUCCAGAAAAAUAGAAUAUCCAGAGUUGCUGCGACUUAUCAACAGGGAGAAUGUGACCGGAAACAAAUUAUUGGGUAAAAGUCACCAACCAUCCAUCAAUCGUGUUGUCCACUUGAUUGACGGACGAGUUCCUUCACAAAUGUCUAAGGCGAUUGUGAAGGAAAGGUUUUCUGCAGUUGCUAAAGCUAACAGCAAGACCUGGGAUGACUGGUUGUCGAAGGUGGAUGAUACAUCGUUUAUUUUUCAAGAUCCAUCUACUGGUGAAUCAUUGAAUUUACGGCGGAUUAUGGAGGGAGACAUCUGCCCCAAAUGCCAAGAACCGACGUUGAAAGUUGAAAAAGCCAUUGAACUUGGCCAUACUUUCCACCUGGGUACAAGAUACAGUAAACCGAUGGAAGCAACGGUUAAUGUACCUUGUAAUCUUGUGGAAAAUAAGUCUGAAGAAAUCACAGCUCUGCUCGGAGAAAAUGGUCAAGUUCGGGUUCCUAUGGAAAUGGGAUGUCAUGGGAUUGGUGUGACGAGGAUGAUUGGAGCGGUUGCUGAAACCCUUGUUGACGGGAAGGGACUGAAUUGGCCCAGAGUUAUGUCUCCUUUCGAAAUCGUUGUGAUCCCAGGUAAAGGUUCUGAUGAAGGUGCCUUGCAAAUCUUUGAUACCUUCUCUACUGCUGCAAUGGAUCCAGUAAUUGAUGAUCGAGGAGUAUCAAUUGCUUGGAAAUUGAGAGAUGCGGAUUUGAUUGGUUACCCGGUAAUUGUUGUGCUAGGAAGGAAAUGGAAGGAGGGUUUAUGUGAAGUUCAGUGUAGAAGAUUGGACGUCAUGGAAAAUGUGAAGAUUGAGGAUUUGAAAGAUUUUGUUGGCAAGCUAUUGAGUCAGCUUUGAGAGAGAAGGCCAGGGUGCUGUGGUAUAUUGUGUAUAUCUCUCCAACAUAUGUACUUAAUGUUGCUGGCUUGUAGGACGUUGCCGAAUGAAAGCAUUUCAACUCUAAUAGUCAGAUCUUGAGAGAGCGGGGCUUGGGAGUGCUUUAUCCAGGGGCUUAUCCACUCUUCCAUAUUCUCAAUA